GCGUAGCGGACAGAAGGAGCCAGCAAAACCGCGGCUAAUAUCAUCGCGAGAACUGGCCGAGCUAUCCGCGCGAUUUCAUCUUGAAAGCAAAACAACUUCUCGGCUCGAAAACCCGAACAGAUUUUCCUUUCCUGGUGGAUCUCCAUGUCACUAGUUGUAUUUUAAUAUAUUUUAAUAUAGUGUAAACAUUGUUUUUGUAAGUAUUGGAGAUCCAUGCUUAGCUGUAACUAGCAAUGUGUGAUCCUCUGAAAGAAAGGUGGCAUGUUGGUGAUAGAUGCAUAGCUCCUUUUCCUGAAAAUGGAAAGCUUUGUGAAGCUACAAUAACAUCCCUUGAAACAGAUGAGAAUGGAAGAUGUUUUGCUGUUGCUUCUUUUCGAGGAUCUCAGGAACAGAAAAUAUCCAUAGUAAAACUCUGUAGAAUUAAAACUGCUCCACAAAAGAGCUUCUUGUUUGAUGAUGAAGAUUUGGAGAAGCCUUAUUUUCCUGACAUAAGGCUUUCCUCACCUGCAGUUGCUUUUGAACUGUCCAUAGAUGGGGAUUAUAUCCCUUGUACAAUUAAUAGAUACCUACGUGAUUAUCAAAGGGAAGGUGCCCUCUUUUUGUAUGGGCACUAUGUUCAUAAUCGUGGAUGUAUUCUUGGAGAUGACAUGGGCCUUGGAAAAACAAUACAGGUUAUUUCAUUCCUGGCUGCAGUACUAAAUAAAAAAGGGACACGUGCAGAUAUUGAAAACAACAUGCCUGAAUUUUUGUUAAGAACAAUAAAAAAAGAAGUGCCAAGUGUUCCAAAGAAUACUUUCCUGAUUGUGACCCCUCUUUCUGUGCUGUAUAAUUGGAAAGAAGAAUUGGACACUUGGGGUUAUUUCAGGGUUAUAGUUUUAUAUGGCAGUAGAAAGGACUAUGAGCUGAGUCGAAUCAAACAGGGGAAAUGUGAAAUUGUGCUAACUACAUAUAAGACUCUUCACCAAUGUUUGGAUGAGCUCAACAGCCUGAAGUGGUCAGCUGUCAUUGUAGAUGAAGUACACAGAAUCAAGAAUCCAAAGGCCCAAGUAACUAAAACCAUGAAGAUGCUAACAUGUAACAUUCGGAUAGGACUCACUGGGACAAUUCUACAGAACAACAUGAAAGAACUUUGGUGUGUCAUGGACUGGGCUGUUCCAGGACUUUUGGGUAGUGAAGCAAGGUUCAAGAAGGAGUUUUCUGAUCCAGUAGAGCAUGGCCAAAGGCACACGGCAACUAAAAGAGAAUUAGCAACAGGUCGAAAGGCAAUGCAGAGGCUGGCUCAGAAAAUGCAUGCCUACUUCUUAAGGCGUACAAAGUCUCUCAUUAACAACCAAUUACCCAGGAAGGAAGACAGAAUGGUGUAUUGCUCUCUAACAGAGUUCCAGAGAGCGGUUUAUAAGACUGUGUUGGAGACAGAAGAUGUACAGUUGAUUCUUCAAGCGCAGGAACCAUGUAGUUGCAACAGUGGCCGUAAAAGGAAGAAUUGUUGUUACAAAACAAAUGUACAUGGUGAAACAAUGCAAGCCUUGUAUUUCAGUUACCUGACAAUCCUUCGUAAGAUUGCUAAUCAUGCUGCACUGUUACAAACUGACAAUACUAGCAAACAGCAGGAAGCCCACAUCACAAGUGUGUGCAACCAGGUAUUUUUGAAAUUUCCUGAUUUUAUGCAGCUUAGGAAAGAUGCAGCCUUUGAAACUAUUUCUGAUCCAAAGUACAGCGGGAAAAUGAAGGUUCUUCAGAAACUUUUAAAUCACUUCAGGAAAAACAAGGACAAAGUGCUCCUUUUUUCCUUUUCUACUAAGUUGCUUGAUGUGCUGGAACAAUACUGUAUGGCAUCUGGGCUAGAUUACCAAAGACUUGAUGGAAAUACCAAGGCAGAGGACAGGGUCAAGAUAGUAAAAGAGUUCAACAGCAUGGAAGAAGUUAACAUUUGCCUCGUUUCUACAAUGGCUGGUGGAGUAGGACUCAAUUUCACUGGUGCCAAUAUUGUUAUAUUGUUUGACCCAACAUGGAAUCCAGCUAAUGAUCUUCAAGCCAUUGACAGAGUUUACAGGAUUGGUCAAUCCAGGGAUGUGAAAGUGUUUAGAUUAAUCUCUUUGGGAACAGUGGAGGAGAUAAUGUACUUGCGACAGGUUUACAAACAGCAAUUGCAUUGUGUAGUAGUGGGAAGUGAAAAUGCAAAGCGAUAUUUUGAGGCAGUACAAGGAUCAAAAGAUCAUCAAGGAGAACUUUUUGGCAUCAAUAACCUUUUCAGACUUCAGGACCAUGGAUCGUGUCUUACAAAAGAAAUUCUGGAGAGAGAGGGCCGAGUGGAAGCUGGUGUCAUGACAGCAACCAUGUGGCUAAAAGAGGAACCCCAGGAGCACAAGCAAAUGUCUGCUGAAUGUGGUUAUGAAGAUGAAGACACUGUUAGUUCCAAAGAGCAAUUGAAAAAUGAAGCGCUGAUUUAUAGCAGCAACCUCAGUGAUGAAGAGAUGCCCAUGGGAGAUUCUAAAGCAAAAGCUGAUCAAAACAGACCUUGCAGUGCAAAAAAGGCCAAAAUUUCAGAGGGACAGCUUACUUUAUUGCAGUGUGGGUUUUCUAAACUUUUGGAAAAGGGAAUUGAAGGAGAUGAGGAUGGCAGUAGCAUUGGUGCCUCAGAAGAUGAAAGUGGUGAUAGUAAGACAGUGAGGCAAAGAACCAAAAGAGGCUCCAAAAACUAUGUUGAUCUGAAACAUCAGGACCACUGCACUAUUUUUAGACAUGAGAAAAUGUCAGCAUCCCCAAGCAGAAGUGCAAAACAAGAGAUUUUUACUGAAACAGAUCACAUUUAUCAAGUUGCACCAGAUUCUGAGGAAAAAAGGGGCAUUGGCAGUAAAUACAAAGACAAGAAUAUUUCAAAUCGUGUUGAGAUAGUUAUGGAGACUGAAGACAGUAGUUCAACUGAAAGUGAAGAUGUUAUCUUUUCUUCCCUGGCUCUUUGUAAGGAGGAAACUGGAGUAAACCGUGAAGGUGUAAGGAUAGAUACAGAAAAUGCAAAUACAGAAAAAAGUCCACUACUUACAACUUGGCAAAAACAUUUUACUUCUGAGAAGAAACAUAGCAAAGUAUCCCUUUUCAGUAAAAUAAAAUCAUUAAAAAGCAUCCAAAAGAAGACAUCUAUGAAAGAAAAAAGUGACGUUAGUGAUGAGUCUGAAGAUAUUGAAAUGUCACUACAGCCCAUAUCAGGAAAGCAGAAAGCAAUGAAACAAAAACACUUUCAUGCUAAGGAACUUGAUAACCCUUCCAGAAUUGUUUUGCAUGGAAACAGUGCAAGCAUGGGGGGAAGUAAUGCUGACUCUCAAAAUAUUGAGGAGUUUUCAUCACCGGAAGACAAUGUGGCAAUUAGGAAGGUUGAUGCUAAUAAUCAAAGGGUAAAAAGUAAUAGGUGUAGCAUUCACUUUGAAUCCAGAUUAGCAAGAUACGAUAACCGUACUUCUGUUACACUGAGAAAACGAACUAAUUCCAAUCUAUCUCAGAACUCUUUCAGUAAGCAAACAUUUACAAGACAAGGAGAAAAACGGGGAUCGUUGGAUAGCCUUCUUGGUGAUGUUGCUGAAGUCUCAUAUAUUCAUUCAAACCAAAAUGUGGUUGGUUCAAGCAAGGCUGAAAAUCAGAUGAGUCGGUGGGCAGUACGAGAUGUGUUUGAACUGCAGCAGUUUUCUCAACUUCCUGCAAAUGUAGCAGUGUGCAGUCCCAAGAAAAAUAGAAUUCAGAACUCAGAACAAGUUAUAUCAAGAUGGAAGAGUGUCAGGAAGCAUCAUUCAGUAAGCGAAACCAGCAGUCCCUCUCUUCUUUAUGUUACACAUCCUGUAUACCAGAAGGAGAAGAUGGUCCACCGAGUAGGCUUGUUUACCUUCCUGAUUGGAAAGACACCCAAAAGAAUCCGCAGGAGACAGUUUGAAGAAAUGGUAUCUCAUUUUUGUGUGACUUCAAUGGAUGAAUUCGCAAAGCAUAUUGUCAAAGCAACAUCAGAAGAGAGGCAGAAAAUGCUGAAAGAAUUUUAUGGUACAAAGUAUCCAGAGCUAAAGGACCUAUUAAAAAUUGAUGUUCCAGAAGGAAACGUAGAAGGAGGUGUGUGCCCAACUCAGUCCAAAAAACGAAAGUCUGUUAAUAAAGAUGGAAGAUCAAAGUCUGGUCCUUCUGAUGCUCAAGUUUCUCUUUGUAGAACUGUAGAUCUAUGUGGCCAAAAAAGACAUAAAAUAGAAACAAACCAGUUUCCAUAUGAUCCCUGCAUACAUGCUGUUAUUUGUCAUAAAGCUGAAGAUAAACAAUUGCCCACUGUUAUUACCCAAGAUAGCAUUAGUGAGAGAAACAGUCAGGCAUUCAAAGACUUUAUGGCGUCUGAUUCAUUAAGCAAUAAAUCAGGAAGAAUUGAGGGGCUGCCUGCAAAUACCACUGAAGGACAGCUGAAUUUGAAAGGGACAGAGUCACCAAGAAAAUCCUUUCUGUCUCAGUCAGAAAACAGACAGACUCAAAUAUGCAAGAAAAACUCUUCUACAGAUGUACUAGGGGACACCUCUAUUUUAAAUGAUCUCUUCAAAAGUAAUGGAAAUAGGCCAAGAGAGCCUCCCAAGAGCUUUCUUUCAGGCUGUGUUGAAAAAGCAAAAACCCAACCAAAAGACUUCUGGGAUAUGCUGAAUGAACAGAAUGAGGACAGCCUCCAGAAACUCACAGAUCUGUCAACUAUAGAGAAAUUGUGUGAAAGAGCGCCUCAUGUCAUUUUGUCAAAGAAAAAGGAAGAGGAAGAGAAGUCACUUUGGAAAAAAAAUGACAAUUUUUUAUGGAAGAAAUGUAACCCAAAUGACUUUGAUAAUUGAUCUGCUUCUUGGCACAGUGAAUUUCUAAAUAUGUAGUAAAGAACACAUGAUUUUAAUAUGGUCAGGUACGAUAAAAGGUUAUUUUUUCAUCUUGAAUGUAACCACAGUUCUCUCAGCCUUUUCGGGUCCAUUUCAACAUUGCCUUCCUUUUGCAGUCAUUUCCAACAUGAGUAGGAUUAGAUUUGGGUCCCCCCCCCCCAAUUUCUCCUGUUCAGAAACAAGAACCUGUUGAUACUUUCAUAGAACCUGUUAAUUUGUAGGCAUUUCAAAAGGAAGGUGCCUUUGAAAGAGAGUCAAGGGCCAGUGCCAUGAAUAAAAGCUUUUAUAACA